AUGUCGCAAUCCGAUGGCCAAGAACCACCCACAGACCCUGAACAACGUUCGGUUAUAGACAAACUGGCCCAAUUUGUUGCUCGAAAUGGCCCUGAUUUUGAGCGGAUGACUAAAGAUAAGCAACAGGGCAAUCCCCAAUUCGCUUUUCUAUUCGGAGGUGAUUAUUCGGAAUACUAUAAAAUGAAGGUUGAAGAAAUAAAGAAGAGUAUGCCUCAACCACUACCACCUCAUAUGUUAUCACAGCAGCCACCUUUUCACCCAGAUCCUGCUGGCCCACCUUGGGGUGCCCCGCCUUUUAACCGCAAUUGGGAUGACCAAGGUCGUGGUGGGGGAGAUAAUUAUGUUGGUGGUCCCUGGCCUCCUCCACAAGGCAAUUGGGGCCCCCCUUGGGCUCCCCAAGGGGGGCCACCACCCCUUCCUUGGGGCCACGGACCUUACCCCCCAAAUUACUAUGCCCCAGCACCGCCACCACCUCCUCAUCACCCUCCCCUAACUGAAGAGGACAUCAAACGCAGCGAGGCCAAUCUUAAGGCCCAGUACGAUAAGAUUAUACUGCAGGAGAAACCAGAGGCUGUUCGACAGUGUCUAGACAAAACCCGGAUGGACAGCAUUAUCAAUCAGGCUUCCGCGUUGAAUAUCUCUCCAGACGACAUCUCGGCCGCUAUCCAACCGCUCAUUGACUUGUGCACCAAGGAGAACAUCGCCAAAGGAAAGGUUUGGGCUGUGGAACAGCUGUCCAAGAGUGCGGAGUGCGCGAAUCUCGUGGCGGAUUACUUGCUUAUGCGCGUUCUAAACUCAGGCGCCACUUUUGAAACUCGCUUGCACAUUGUCUACCUCCUCAACGACCUCCUGCACUACCUAAAACGCCGUUCUGCGCUCCCGUUUUUCCAGGACGCCAUCAACAAGAUUGUCGUUCCGAUUUUCUGUCUGGCCAUCGAGCUGGCCGAUGAAGCCCAAACGUCCAAGUUAACGCGUGUCCUAACUCUUUGGGAGACUAAUGCCUACCUUCCAGAGGAUUUACUCAAGAAUAUGAAGGAGGAGCUUGAUCGUAAGGCCUUUAUGGAGGUGUGGCGUGCAGAUCAAGACAAGAUUCAUGCUGAUAAGAUUGCAGCAGUAGAAGCGGAACAUGCCAGCCGUUACGAAGCCCUCAAGAAGCAGCAUGACGACUUUGCCGAGCACGUGCGUAAGGCGAUGGCGGCGGAGGCGGAGCUGCAACCCGGCGCUCCUGAGGGUGUCCCUCCCUUUCCCGAUUUCUCCCGCUACGCCCCACCACCCCCACCCCACCCUUAUGGGGGCGGCGGUGGCGGAUGGGGAGGGGGUGGCGGUGGCAGCUUCGAUCACCGUUGGCACGGCAGCUACGACGGUCCGCGUCCUCCACCCUUCAUGGCUGGUCCACCUCCUCCGAUGGGAGGAAGGGGUGACCGCUGGGGAAGACCGAGAGGUGACGACAUGCCCCCCUAUCACCCAGAUGAUGAGUACUGUGAUAGGCGAGGGCCGCCGCCGCCUCUAUACAGAGGUGGUGGUGGUGGUGGACCUCCUAGAGAUCGAUUUAGACGGGACGGUCCGCCAGGUCGUUAUGAUGAGCCCUACCACGACGAUCGAUCGUACCGCGGUCCACCGCCGCAUCGGAGGCGCUACCCAGACGACCACGAUAGCGAUUACAGUGGGGAGCACGACAGCGGCGAUCGUUGGGGCGCUGAAUCUCGUCGGUCGCGUGGCGGUCCACAACCGGGCAGCGGUAGCCCUUCUAGAAGUGGUGGUGGUGGUGGUGGUGGUGGUUGGAGUCAUGACGAUAGCCUUGACGAACCACCACUCCCAGCCUCCGAAGAGGAUCUUACCCCGAAGGUUCCUUUCUGGCAACUUCCAGCCGGUUUAAUGCACCCACUUAUAGCCAUGGAGGACUUUGAAUUCACGCCUCUUGAUCCCAAGAAACUCCGCCUCUUACCAGCUGAGCCGCCUUCAGAGCAGCUCAUGCUCGCUCUGGACGCCUACUACGCCCAGCCGACGCACGAUCGACCCCGCGACGCUGAGGGCUGGGAGCGAUUGGGGCUGUUUGAGUUCUACCGUGCCAAGGAGGAGGCCAGAAGCAGGAAGGAUAGCGGCGGUGACGGGGCUAUCAGCCCGCCGCCAGUGUCUAAGAAGAAUUCGAGCUACAAAGGCCCCUCUCAACUCGCUUACCUCACCGCCUAUCCGAAAACAGCGAUCGGUCAGGCGAUAAGAACCGGACCCGCGGCGCUAAUCGGCGUCCCGCCGCCGACAAUGCUCCUGCCGAAGAUGAAUGCCCAGUUCGCUGCUGCAGCCGCCGCCGCUGCGUCAGCUGCUGCUGCUGCGUCGUCGUCGGCGGCGGCUGCGGGCAACGAGGCGCAGUCUGCCACGGCCAAGGAGCGGCUGCCAUCGACGGGUUUUAUGAACUUCCCUCCGCCUGGAAUGGUGGCGCAGGCUGGCCCUCCAUCCUCACAGCCCCCCUCCCAGCUCAUUUCAAGGCCUUCUCGAUUUAGUUCGGCGCCGCGUCGGCGUUCGCGCUCACGCUCGCGGACGUAUUCGCGCUCCCGCUCAAGGUCACGGUCUGAGUCACGCUCUUCAGGGUACGCCAGUCGCGUGACUCCCGCAGAUCCCGGUCCUCAUCUGGAUCGCGCUCUCGUUCCCGUUCCAGAUCGCGUUCCUCUCGCUCCCGCAGCCGCUCCCCAUCCUCCGAUCGGCGCUGGCGGGAUCGAUCAAGGUCGCGGUCGCGGUCACCAAGGGGGGGCCGAGGAAGAGGCGGUGACGGAUCGAUAA